CAGCACGUGCUGGUCUACGCACACUCCUCCACCGUGCGUAACCACGUGACGGCACGCGGAAGUAAAGAGGUCUGCAUAAAAACUACAGACGGUGUCAGAAGCGACAGCAUGAGUCAGGAAUAUAACACAAAGUUACAAACUGCGACCAGAGAGAAGCUGAGGAGAUUUAACAGCCUGAGAGGUGAGAGAGCGGCAGCCGCGGAGUUCUGGGACGUGGUGGCUGUGACCGCUGUGGAUGAGAGCCAGAGGGAAGCGUAUGAGCUGCAGAAGGAGAAAGUUGACAGGAAGGAGCUUCCCCUCGGAAUACACUACAAGGUCUCAGAUCCGCCUGGAUCUAAAAUAGGGAAUGGAGGCUCCACUCUGUACGCGCUGCAGCAGCUGGAUGACAUCUAUGGGAAGGCUCUGGGCAGUCUGAGAGUCAUCCUUAUCCAUGCAGGUGGAUUCAGUCAGCGUUUGCCCAAUGCCAGCGCCUUGGGGAAGAUCUUCACUGCCAUGCCGCUGGGUGACCCCCUCUACCAGAUGCUGGAGCUCAAGCUGGCCAUGUACGUGGAUUUCCCAUUGCAGAUGAAGCCCGGUGUACUAGUAACCUGUGCAGAUGACAUAGAGCUCUACAGUAUUGCAGAGGAUGAAAGCAUCAGGUUCGACAAACCUGGUUUCACAGCUUUAGCACACCCCUCCACCCUGUCCAUCGGGACUACCCACGGGGUGUUUGUAUUGGAUUCAUCUGAAAAGUCCACUUACUCGGAAAUGGAGAACAUUUCCUGCCUGCGCUUUCUGCACAAGCCGAGCAUCGAUAAGAUGCGAGAUAGCGGAGCUGUCUGUAAAAGACAGAGCGGUUGUUUUUCUCUCACUGAUGCUGAGUUUGUCUACACAGACAGCACCUAUUAUGUCGACUUUGAUACUGCAAAGUCUCUUCUGAAUCUCCUGAAAGAGUUGGGGCCACUGGACUGUGAGAUAGACGCAUACGGAGACUUUCUCCAAGCGUUGGGCCCUAGAGCUACGAUAGAUUACACCAGCAACACCGCAAAUGUCACCAAAGAGGAAAGCAGCCUGGUGGGAAUCCGGCAAAAGAUCUUCCGUCUUUUAAAAGGGACUCCUCUAAAUGUCAUUCUCCUGAACAACUCUAAGUUUUAUCACAUCGGAACCACGUCAGAGUACCUCUUUCACCUCACCGAGGAUGUGGCGCUAAGGGGCGAGCUGGGUCUCCUGUCAUCUGCCUUCAGCGUACAUAUGAUUGAAAACUCCUCAGGAUGCUGCAUUAUGUACAGCGUCCUGGAUCCCAUUUGCUCUGUUGGUGCUGGAUCAGUGGUGGAGUACUCCAGAUUGGGCGCAGGAGUUUGCAUAGGUAGGGGCUCCAUCGUGAGCAGCUGCCGGGUCAGUGCAGGUCUCUCAGUGCCUGAUGGAGUCUUCAUGCAUACACUGUGUGUGAAUCACAAGCACCAAAGCAGGUUUGUAACUGUCGUGUUUGGGAUUAAUGACGACCUGAAGCACACCGUGGAAGCCCCUGCGUAUAUGGAAGAGCUGAGGUUGUUUGGUUUUAGCCUGGCUGAGUGUUUAUCCCACUGGGGGAUAAAAAAUGAAGUCCUGAGGUUCUCUGGCGAUGCGUCCAGCUGUAGUUUGUGGAAGGCUUGUUUGUUUCCAGUUUGCCCUGAUCCGCAAAGCUCGUUCUCAAUGUCUCUGGAGAUGCUGCAGGCGGUCCUGAGUGGCUCUGCAUUUACAUUCCCCGAAGACACAAAUCUGAUGUCCAUGCAAGAGUCCUUACAGUGUAAGAACCUGGAAGAGAUGAUGAAGUACAGGAAGGGACUUUAUGAAGACAUCACACAGAGGAAAUCGAAGAAUUGAAGUUACUGUUCGUAUCUGAGAUCAGUGGCGGUUGUUUGAGGGGCAGGGCUGAAAAAAAUAAACAGCUGUAUGUGGUGCAGCAGACAUGAUGAAACGGUUCCAGUCCCUGGUCAUAUUAUAUUUAACUAUUUAAUCUAUUUAACUAUCAGAGGCCAACUAAUUUUCUAGCAUGUAGGGCAGUCUACAUGCCGCUGCAUUGCGUUUUCUCCACUAAAAUGGCAAAGCUGGCACUUAUAUCUACCAAAGAGGGCAUUUUGUGGGGUUUCUUUUGAAAACCAGUGAUUGAGAUUAUGUGAAAAGAUUUAUCUUGUCAAUUUAAGUGUGAUCUGUAAAUCAUUAACCUGUUCUAUGCUCAUUCGAUAAGUAAAUGAUUUCUCAGGACUGUGAGCGUUUGUCAGCAGAUCUGAUAUGGAUUUUGUCAUCUGAUUUCUGUGUGGUAUCACCUUUCAUGACAUUCAUCCUCACCUUACAUGAUUCUUUUUUUUAUUAUUCAUUAAAGUUUUUAUGAAAA